CUUCCGGUAGACAGAAUCAAGACGGGGGCCAUUCUCUUUAGUGUUUGCCGUGUCCUCCCAAUGUCCAUCUCCUCACCGCCCGCAUUUUGGAACAAAAACAACACAGACCGACCCUCGUAACCGGCCUCUUUCAGAAGGCAGACGUCAGUAAGCCAACGUGCCCUAUGGAGUAACUAAACACUGAGCAGAAGGAGCGACGAGGCAGAGCUCACAUUUAGACCUCCUCAAUCCACAGUUCCUCCCACUUUGGCGUUCACCAUCGCUGCACUGUAACAUUCUAAUCUUGACCUCCGCCUACUAAGCUCGACCAACCAGGAUGUCCCAGCUCCAGUUUCAGUGUCCAUCCAGCCCCAUGCCAGCUGCUCCUGCCCCACUGCAGCUGGGGCAGCCGCAGCCCGGCUACAGCAUCCCCUGUGCCUCGGGCACCUUACCCUCGGAGAGUGCGAGCCAACCCCUCAGGAGCUCCGCUCUCCCCGCGGGCUCUGCCACUCCCUAUAAUACCACCACAGUAUCUAACAUGGCAAACCCUAAAGAGAAGACCCCCAUGUGUUUGGUGAAUGAGUUAGCCCGUUUCAACAAGAUUCAACCCGAGUAUAAGUUGCUUUGUGAACAAGGACCAGCUCACUCCAAGAUUUUCUCAGUGAGGCUCACACUGGGAGAUCAGCACUGGGAGGCAGAGGGGACCAGCAUCAAGAAAGCCCAGCAUUCCGCUGCCGCUUCUGCCCUCGCUGAGACAACACUUCCCAAGCCCACUGUGAGGACCCCCCGAAACACAGAUGGCAUGACACACACCAUGGAGUUGAAUGCACUAUGUAUGAAGCUCGGUAAAAAGCCUAUGUAUAAACCCAUCGACCCAUACCCGGGGAUGAGACCACCAAACUUCAACUACAACGUCCGGGCUCCGGGGCCUUACCAGCGCUCUAUGCAACAGUACUACUACCCAUUUCCUCCAGUCGGACCAAUGUUAUACCACAUGGAGCUUUCCAUCGGAGGUCAGCAGUUUGUUGGAAAGGGACGCACACGGCCGUUAGCCAAACACGACGCCGCUGCGAAGGCCAUGAAAGUUCUGCAGAAGGAGCCAAUAUUGCAACAUUUGCCGGUGAUGAACGGAGAGCCCGAAGAGGAGAACCUCAACAAAUCCGAAAUCAGUCAAGUUUUUGAAAUUGCACUCAAACGCAACUUACCUGUGAACUUUGAGGUUUUAAAGGAAGAAGGCCCUCCGCACAUGAAGAGCUUUGUAGUGCGUGUUACAGUUGGGGAGUUCAGCGGCGAAGGCGAGGGAAAGAGUAAAAAGAUUGCGAAGAAGCUGGCAGCGGCAGCGGCGCUGAGGGAGCUCAAGAGGCUGCCCCACAUACCCAGUGUGGAGAAGACGCUGCCGCGCAUCAAAAAGAAAACCAAAUCCAUUAUCAAGCUGCAGACCAGCCCAGAGUACGGUCAGAGCAUGAAUCCCAUCAGCCGUCUGGCUCAGAUCCAGCAGGCCAAGAAAGAGAAAGAGCCAGAGUACAGUAUGGUGACAGAGAGAGGUCUACCGCGGCGCCGAGAGUUCGUCAUGCAGGUGACCGUGUGUGGCCAAACUGCAGAGGGACUGGGGCCCAGCAAGAAGGUGGCCAAGAGGAACGCAGCAGAGAAAAUGCUGGAGCUCUUAGGUUACAAAGUGCCUCAGCCGCAGCCCCCCAAACCGGCUCUUAAAACGGAUGAAAAGACCCCGGUAAAAAAACCUAGCGAUGGGCGAAAAGUGACCUUCUUUGAACCUGGCUCUAUAGAAGAGGUGGCAUUAAGUUCCAAGGAGGACGACUUCCGACUGCCUUACCUGAGCCACCAGCAGCUGCCUGCGGGUAUCCUGCCCAUGCUGCCUGAGGUGGCUCAGGCAGUCGGAGUCUGUCAAGGACCCCAGGCCAAGGACUACAGUCGAGCCAUACCCAACCCCGGCAAAGCCAUGAUCACUGCCAUGAUUGCCAACGAGCUGCUUUACGCAGGCACAUCUCUGACCGCUGAGACGAUCCUAAAGAACAAGAAUAACCUGAACCAACUGCCCCACGGACCCCUCACCAGGCCCUCAGAACAGCUCAGCUAUCUGGCAUCUGUGCAGAGCCUGCAGGUGGAAUACAAAGAUUUUCCCAAAAACAAUAAGAAUGAGUUUGUGUCACUGAUAAACUGCUCCUCCCAGCCACCGCUCAUCAGUCACGGGAUUGGGAAAGAUGUUGAGUCCUGUCAUGAUAUGGCUGCACUGAAUAUACUGAAGUUGCUCUCAGAGUUGGACCAGCAGUCGAAUGAAAGAACAGGAAACGGAUCAGUCUCUGGGUGUGGCAAGCAGGAAAUGGAAGGUGACUUGCACCUCAAACAGGCUAACUCAAGCACAUUGGCACAGACCCUGGAUGGCACUGUUUAAAUGAUCAGGUUUGGUUGUGAAAGCACUACAGUAAAUUCAGACACUGUGUUCUUUUUCCGUUUUAGAGGGCUACAGGAAGCUUCGGUCUCCAUACUCUAGACCAUCACUGUUCAUAUGCAGUGUUCCAAAAGCGAUCACAGCAAAACAAGACUGAUAGAAAAAAAAAAUAGUUUCUUCUCCUUGACAUUGUUCAGUUGGACACGUUAUUUAUUUUGUUGCUUUGUAGGAAAAGGUAGCUGCAUCCUAGUCAAUAAGUUGGACGUUUACUUGGUGGGGAGAAAAUUAAGCGAUUAACUGUGAACUCUUGUUUUGCCUAGAACUUGUUUCCUCUCUGUGAGACCUGCUAACUCUUGUUUUUAAGUGUUUUAUGUUUUAUCCCCCGCCAGGGUGGUUCGGUAAUCGAGAGGUUUGGACCUCUCCUUUGUCUAGGGUGCAGCUCUCACGAACCUCAGUUGAAUUUCCAAGAGUGCUUUGUAUCGACAACCACAAGUGAAGUGUUACUGACAUUACCAUGUAGGGCUGGGAAGAGUUUGUGACUAAAUGUAGCGCGUGAUGUAAUGUGAUUUUGUCUCCGAUCUGUGCGGCAGGGAGGUUUCCCCUGUUGAAUCAGUUCUCCCGAUUCUCCCGUUUCCUCCCCUGACGUCAAACUCCCUUCUCUCUGCGCUCCCCAUGGUAAUUAAACCUUUGUGCUUCAGGGCACAAAACAGA